UCCAUACGACUUUGCCUGCACAGGAUAUAGGGUGGAGGGAACACCGUUCCUUUUUUCUGAACUAUUAAAAACCUUCCCUUUUUUUAAGCUGCGACCACCGGAGUCUCUUCUCCUACUUCGUCGCUUCGCCUCUUCUUCUUCUUCUUCUUCUUCUUCUCUCAAUCUUUUACCGCGAGAGCUUUCAAGGGAUCGACCUAGAAGAGCCAAGUCAUUGCCGUCAUUGUCUUCGAGAGGGUGCUUCUUGCCCUUUGUUUCAUGCAGUUGUUUCUUUUCCUAUAUGGCAUUGCCAAGUGCAGCUCAACCAAGUCCACAAGUGGUUGGGGGUGCCUUUGUUCAACAAUACUAUUUCGUUCUUCAUAAAUCACCUGAUCAGGUCCAUAGAUUUUAUCAGGAUUCAAGCAUCUUGAGUCGUCCAGAUUCAGAUGGGAUGAUGGAAUCAGUGACAACAAUGCAAGCCAUCAAUGACAAGGUUUUGUCAAUGGACUUCAGCGAAUAUACUGCAGAGAUAGAGACUGCAGACUCACAGGCAUCAUACAAGGAUGGUGUAUUGGUUGUUGUUACAGGUUCCUUGACGGGAAGGGAUAAUAUCCGGCGCAAAUUUACCCAGACGUUUUUCCUUGCUCCACAGGAAAAAGGUGGUUAUGUCGUCCUAAAUGAUAUUUUUAGGUUUGUAGACCCAAGUCAGCCUAGGGGAGCAAAUCAAGUCACGAUUAAUGGUACAAACGGUGAUGCCUCAGCCGCUGCUUUGACUCCCGAACCAGAGUCGACUUUGGGUCAGGAGCCCCAAAUGGUCACUUCAGCUGAACCUGAAACCUUACACACUGUAGAAGAUGUUGUUAAUGCUGAGGAAGUUAUCAAGCCUCCUAUGGAAAAUGAUCCCCCAGAAGUAUCAAUUGUGGUUGCUUCAGAUCCAGAGGUCCAUGUAAUCCAACCUGAUGAACAACUGGUUUCUGAAGUUGCUGUUUCUGUGUCUCAAGAGGAUGAGCCUAAGAAGUCUUAUGCAUCAAUUGUCAAGGUUUACAAGGUCAGCCAACCAUUGGUGUCGAAUUCUACGCCGGUCUCUAAGACGAAAGUUUCCUUGCCAAAGGCAACUCCUCCCCCUGCCAAACUCGAUGCCCUAAACCCCGAGAAACAGCCCGCCACUUCUUUGAAGCCUUCCACUACACUCGAGGCCACAGUUAGUACUGGCGACAACGUGCUUGAAAACAAUUCAAACGAUGUUGAGGGACAUUCCAUAUAUAUUAGAAAUUUACCCUUGAGCACAACACCUGAAGAGGUUGCGGGUGAAUUUAAGAAAUUUGGACCAAUCAAGCCCGGUGGUGUCCAAGUUAGAAACCACAAGGUGGAGCGUUUUUGUUUUGGUUUUGUUGAGUUUGAGUCGUUGGAUUCCAUGCAAGCGGCAAUCAAGUCUUCUCCCAUAACCAUUGGAGGACGUCAAGCUUUUGUUGAGGAGAAGAGAACCACAACACGAGUCAUCAACGGUGUGGUUACCAACACCAACAAUGGCGGCGGGAGAGGCCGCUAUCUUGCCGGAAGAGGGAACUAUCGGAACGAUAAUUUCAGAGCUCGGAGCGGCUACGGUGCCAAUCAGGGUUACGAUUGCUGGAAGACCUCUGCUGUUGGUACUUACGGGUAUAAGCUGUGGAUUUUGGAAAAACAUUUAGCAAAAAGGCGUAGAAAAUGGAACUGGGAGGUGUUUGGAAAUAUUCAUCUUGCUAUUGAAAAUCUAGAAAAUAAUGUUAAGGCUUUGAAAUUGGAUUUAGCCAAUCAAAUGAUUGAUUGGGAAGUCCUUUUUCAAGGUCAACAGGAGCUGAAUAAUGCUAUUUUGAAGGAGGAAUGUUUCCUAGCUCAAAAAUCCAACAAGAUUGAAUUCUUCGAAGGGGAUAGAAAUUCUGCUUACUUUCAUGCUUGUAUUAAUAAUAAGAGACGUCACAAUAAUAUUAGUAUGAUUAAUUGCGAGCAUAGUCUUAGUUGUAUUCCCAACACCCUGGAAAUUAGGAAUAUUGUGGAGUCUUUGGAGGAUGGGAAGGCUGCGGGUCCUGAUGGUUUCAAUGUUAUGAAUAUUCCUAAGGGGAUUAUUAAGAAGCUUGAAGGGCUGUUUAAUAAAUUCCUUUGGGAUGGUUUGGGAAAGAAUAAUAUUCCUUUGAGGAGUUCGCAAAAGUUGUGUAAGUCGUUUGAUAUGGGUGGUCUGGGUUUUAGAAAUAUUCAGGACUCUAUUAAAAUCAACUACAUGAGGUGGAAUAGAGAGGUGCAUUGGAGUAUUAUGCUGCAGAUGAAGCUAAUUAAAGCCUUAACUGAAAAUUUGAAUGUUCUUUGGACACAUGUCGAACGACCACCAACGUACGCCGCAGCCGCGCUGUACUAUUCGGACCAUAACGACUUUCGGCACCCAGAUCGGAAUUCUGAACGGAUCUAUCUAUCAGAUACGUGUCCGGCCGUCGUCCGCCGCCCGAAACGGUGGCGCCGCAUGCUUCGCGAUUCGAACUCUACCCCUCUAUCCUCCACGUGCCAUUCGAUGAUCCACCCCUCCGCCGCAUUUAUUUUCCUAUCAUCUGCUGUAUUUCUAUUUCCCCUUCCUCUGCUAUUGCGGGAGUUCCUCCGCGCACCUCAUUUCUGUUUUAAAAAAAACGCAUCUUUUACGCUUCUGUUCAUCGCCGCCGUGACUUUUUGA